UUGGGAAGAUAAACCUAGGAAAAUGGCAGCCCCACCACUGAUGAGAAGCUUAAGCACUAAAGCUGAACAGAACAAGAAACUUCAACGACCUCGACCUCUUAGGACGUCUAGCAGCCAAAGCAGAAUAUCUGCAGACUUCACCAAUAUUGACCACUUACAAGAACUCAUGAUCUUAGUGGAUAGCGUGAGUCAGAGUAUUCUUGAUCAGAACUACUCCGACAAGUUGAUCAGCAACAUUACGGCAAUGAGUGUGAGACUGAAACAGAAUGGUUAUCAGCUUGAAUCAAUUUACAAAGAUCAACUUGAUCGAGCAUUCAAUAUAUUUCGGGAUGGUUGCCAAAACGAGUUUCUUCUUUGUUCGACGAGACUUCAUUUGUUACAGUUAGUUGAACUAAGAGCUAAUCACUGGACGGAUACUGAUAAAACUCAAUUUUACUACUCUGCAAAAAUGGCUGCUGAGAUGGAACCUUCUAUUACGACUCCUGAUACGAAUACGACAACGAUUCCGAUGACAACCUCCUCUCCUCCCACCCCUCCAGUCCUCGGACCGGGAGAGGUACUGAAGACAUCUGGAAAAUUCUCGAAACCUACAAAAAUACCUGGGAAAAACUACUGCAAAGACGAAGUAGUGAUCAGGAACAGUGACUCAGGAAAAGCAGAAUACAUGAGACCGUUGAUAAUCAAAAGUCCGGUGGUGUGGAACACUGCCCGCUACCUUUACCCUCCUACCUUCUUUCCUCGUCACGCUCCCAUCUACAUGGGUCCUCCUCCUAGACCUUGGGCUGUGAAUCCUGGGGCUAAAGAACGCCUCGUUCAAAUAACAGGACCAAGCGAAGACAAAAUCAAUAACGCAAGACAACUGAUGGAAGAUACGAUCCGUCGCAAUGCUUCGCCAAUCCGGGAGGGAGGCGAUAGAGAGAGAAUCGGCGGUUCCAAUUCUAGUCUGAACAGCAGUGCUUCCGAUGAAAGCGGCCGUAACCCACUCCAAGCAUUUACACUAGCAGGAUCUCGGCGUUCACUUCCUCACAGCUUUUCAACCAAUGAUGCCAACCUUGGGGAGUACAAAUAUACUGUGACACUUGGUCAUGAUGUGGUCAAGAUCACGGGUACCAACCACGACGUAGUAAAGAAUGCCAGAUUGGUGCUAGAAGAAUACUACAACAUUUGGCUGCAAAAGAAUUACAGUGGCGACUGCUUCGGGAUGGAUGAGGAUGUUUUCCUUGACUCGGCUGUGGCUGCGGACAUUGGGAUGAUGCACCUAAACCCUCUAGACCCAGGUAAUGGUAAGACUCAUCCAGUGUCGUCCAGUAGUGGGGACAGUGACGAUGUCACCUGUAUCAGCACAAUCACUCCGCCAGACGCUGGACUGGGGUAUGCGCCGCUGUAUUCUCCAUCAGUAUCAGAACCCAUUGACACUACUCCUCUCUCUCCGUUGUCGUUGGACAGUGCUCACACUCGUAAGUACAGCCGAGAGUUUCUUCUGUCUUGCUCCCUGUCGCAGCACUCUCACGCGACCCCUCUACAAUGGCCCUCCAUCAGUGAGAGAUUUCCUGCCAUCGUCAAGAAGCAAGUUCCAUUCAACCCUGCAGCGUUUUUAGCCCGUCCAGUGUCGUCUGCAGUCAUCAGCCCGUCUCAGUGUCCCAACGAUGACUCCGAUUAAUCUUGGGAUCAUCAAUUGCACAUCUAGGAGUAUACUUGUCAUAUUGUCACCCUAAC